CCCCUUCUCCAUUUGCCUUCCGUUCCCUCCCCGGCAGGGCGCAGCGCAGGCAGAGGCAGGACCGGCUUCCCCGCCCGCCGGUCCCAAACCCCGCCGAGGGAGCCGCAGAGCGGAGGACCCGCCGAAGCGGGGACAGGGAAGCGGGACCCCCGGGGGCGUCACCGUCCGGGAGGGAGGGCGCACGCAGCAGCCGCGCGCGGGCAGCGGCCACCGGCACCGGACCGAGCGCACAGCCUCGCCCCGUUCAACAAAGGCAGCCCGGGCGCGUGCGGCGUUCGCAACUCCAAAAUGCAGUCCCAACAGUACCUGCAGCAGCGUCGAAAAUUUGCGGCUGCCUUCCUGGCAUUCAUUUGCAUUCUGGCAGCCGUGGACACGGCUGAAGCGGGGAAGAAAGAGAAACCAGAAAAAAAAGUGAAGAAGUCUGACUGUGGAGAAUGGCAGUGGAGUGUGUGCGUGCCCACCAGCGGGGACUGUGGGCUGGGCACCCGAGAGGGCACCCGGACUGGAGCUGAGUGUAAGCAAACCAUGAAGACCCAGAGAUGUAAGAUCCCCUGCAACUGGAAAAAGCAAUUUGGAGCGGAGUGCAAAUACCAGUUCCAGGCCUGGGGAGAAUGUGACCUGAAUACCGCCUUGAAGACCAGGACCGGAAGUCUGAAGCGAGCCCUCCACAAUGCCGACUGCCAGAAGACAGUCACUAUCUCCAAGCCCUGUGGCAAGCUGACUAAGCCCAAACCUCAAGCAGAAUCUAAGAAGAAGAAAAAGGAAGGCAAGAAACAGGAGAAGAUGCUGGACUAAUGCCGUCUUCUUGGACCAUGAAAAGGACAUCAGCAAAAAGGAGCAGUUAACUAUUGCAUUUAUACCCAUGUAGGCUUUGUAUUCAAAAAUUAUCUAUAGCUAAGUACACAAUAGGCAGAAACAAAAAGAAAAGAAAAAUUUUGUAGUAGCAUUUUGUAAAAUGUAUACCAUAGUACCACUAGGGGCUUAUAAUAGAGGACUGUAAUCCUAUUUAGAAAGUUGACUUGUAGUACAUGAUAAAUGGUAGAAAACUGAGGUAAGUUUUUUGAAGUUAUGUGAUAUUUUACAUUUAAAAUCUUUUUUUUUUUACCUUUUUUUCUUUCGGCAGCAAUUUAUGUGUUAUGACCAUGUAAACUACUUUUCUCGUUAGAUAAAUUUUUCACCUAGACUUUUUUUCCCAUUUGAGAAAAAUAUAUACUAAACAAAGCAGCAAUAAAAUAUAAUCAUCCUAUCUGAGGAAAAUAUCUUCUGCCAAUGGAUUUUUUAAAACAAACUUUAGUCCACAAAAUGGAGGGAGGGGGCAGAGCAUGCCCUACUUCAAUGUUGACUUUUUUUUUUUUUUUAAAGAAAUGCAUGAAAAGAAAUUCGCUUUGGCAGGAACAUUUGUUUUCUUAAUGAAAUUAUUUUUCCUUCUGAGGAAAAAAAAGACUAGGAAAAUAAAUCAAGGUGAUUCUGGAAAAAGUGCUUUUGUGUGCAAUCAUUUGAUAUUGUAACCCUCUUGCUUUGUCCCCCACACUCCCCCAGUCAACCUGUUAGCAGUGAGAAUUUAUCAUACAAACUAAUUAAAUUCCUCUUGGGCACAA